CAGAAAGAGGGCCGUUCCAAGCUCGCCAAAAAAAAGAAAAGAAAAGAAAAAAAGCCCAUGAAAUACAUUAUCCCAGCAAUGUUUUGUUUAGUAUUUAUAUAUACACCAAGUAUUCCUUCCUUGCCGACCAACUGUUUGUUUACUGAACUCAGUGAGAAAGAAGAUAUGAGCUCUCCACUCUCCCGCCGCUAGUUCUCCUCUUCCUUCUUCCCUUCUUCCUCUACCUCUUCGUCUUCCGUCAAGAUCAAUCAAGAAAACCCACCAUCUACGGCCUAAAACCCUACCCACUUCUCGGCUACCUCCCGCAGUUCAUCAAGAACCGCCGCCGCUUCCUCGAAUGGACGACUGAAAUUCUCCUCGCAAGUCCGACGCGCACGAUGGGCUUCCGCAGCCUCGGGCAGGUCAGCGGCAUCAUCACUGCCGACCCUGCGAAUGUCGAGCACAUGCUAAAAAUCAACUUCAGAAACUACCCCAAGGGUCAGCGCACGUGCGCCUUGCUCGAAGAUUUUCUCGGCCGCGGAAUCUUCAACUCAGACGGGGAGCAUUGGAAGCGGCAGAGAAAGCUGGCGAGCCACGAAUUCAAUACGAAGACGCUCCGCAACUUCGUGGUGGAUGCCGUGCAGUUUGAGAUACAGUACAGACUGCUCCCGCUGCUGAAGAGAGCGGAAGAAAGAGAUGAGGUCGUCGAGCUGCAAGACGUUCUCGAACGCUUUGCGUUCGACAACGUCUGCAAGGUGGCGUUCGAUGCCGACCCCGCCUGCCUUCGUGAAGACGGCUUUGCCGGCGCGAACUCCGACUUCAUGCGGGCCUUCGGCGAAGCGCAGUUCCUCGUCGGAUGGCGGUUCAUGGACGCACUGAAGGUGACAUGGAGGAUCAAGAAGCUUCUCAAUGUCGGAUCGGAGCGGCGGAUAAAAGAGGCCAUCUCGAUCGUCCACAACUACGCUUCGGACAUCAUUCGGUCGCGAAGGGAGAGGCCUUUGGAUCAGAAGAGCGAUCUCCUGUCCCGAUUCGCAUCGUGCGAUGACCACUCAGAAGAGUUCCUCCGCGAUAUCGUGAUAAGCUUCCUCCUUGCAGGCCGCGAGACGACGUCGUCGGCACUGACAUGGUUCUUCUGGAUCGUAUCUACGAGACCCGAUGUAGAAAUGAAGAUAGUUGAAGAGAUUAAAUCAAUCAGAACCAGAAAUCCAAAUUCGAGCAAGACUUUCAGCUUUGACGAGCUACGCGAGAUGCACUACUUGCACGCCGCGAUAUCAGAAUCGAUGAGAUUAUACCCUCCUGUGCCUAUGGAUACGCAAUCAUGCGAAGAGGACGAUACAAUGCCGGAUGGAACGUUCGUGGGGAAAGGAUGGUUUGUGACAUACAGUGCUUAUGCUAUGGGGAGAUUGGAGAACAUAUGGGGCAAGGAUUGCGAAGAGUACAAGCCGGAGAGGUGGUUGGAAAACGGCGUUUUCCGGCCGGAGAGCCCGUUCCGUUACCCAGUGUUUCAUGCGGGGCCGAGAAUGUGCUUGGGGAAGGAGAUGGCUUAUAUACAGAUGAAGUCCAUUGUGGCUUGCGUGUUUGAAAGGUUUCAGCUUGUUAGUGUUGUGAAAACAAAGAGCACUCCUGAACAUGUGCUCUCGCUAACACUAAGAAUGAAAGGGGGUUUGCCUGUUCAGGUUACAAAGAGAGAGGAACAAAGGGUCUGUUAAUUAAGGCUGUGAGUGUUUAGUUUUAUAAAACUUCUUGGGACAAAAAGCAUUGCAGUUUUGUAACUUUUGUUUGCACUUCUUGGGACAAUGUAAUAUUCCAACAAGACUCGAUAAGAGUCUGCUGAAGCAACUGUUAGAUGAGAAGAACUUACAGAAUUGCAUGUCUUUUGUGUACCUUAUCUGUGGUUAAAAUGGAUUUUAAGAACAAUACCAAACAGGGUGUUGAGGCA